CCCAACAACAAUUUGUCUAAUCUACUGAUCCUAUUUCCAUCCUCGCAAUGACUCAACCAGUGAAGCUCUACUCCCACGCCGGUGGCCCCAACCCAUGGAAGGUCGCCAUCAUCAUGGAAGAACUCGGCGUUCCUUACGAAAGCAUCAUGAUGGAUUUCGGCGACUUGAAAAAAGAGCCGUUUGAAUCGAUCAAUCCCAACGGCCGAGUGCCGGCCAUUGAAGUCCCUCAAAGCGGCUUGAAGCUGUGGGAAUCUGGCGCCAUUAUUGACUACUUGUUGGAGACUCACGACAAGAACAACAGCCUGAGCUACACGUCGGUUCCGGAGAAGUACGACACAAAGGCAUGGUUCGAGCUUCAGAAGACGGGUCAAGGCCCAUACUUCGGUCAGCGUGCCUGGUUCACGCUCUACCAUCAGGACAAGAUCGACUCAUGCCUCGACCGCUACGGCAACGAAAUCCGUCGCGUAAUUGGAGUCAUUGACGCCCAUCUGAAGAAGACUGGCACACCUUAUUUGGUUGGCGACAAAUUGACCUACGCUGAUCUGGCCUUCAUGCCUUGGCACUGGCUGUUGCUGAGCCCGCCGCAUAUCAUGGGCGCCGACUUCCCCAAUGAAUGGAAGGAGAAGUACCCCACGGCUUGGGCGUGGAAUGAGAGGGUCUCGGAGCGCCCGUCGGUCAAGAAGGUGCGCGAGGAUAGAUCGAAGGCGAUCGCUGCGAGCAAGAAGUAAAUGAGAUGCAACCGAUGGGCAGUAAAUGUUACGAGUCUCCAUGAGGUC